UUUACAAACGCAGCUGCUGUCAAGGCGAUCGGGCAGCCCAUCGAUCCCACUGUCGGUCAGAACCGCCGAACCGGCUCCGCGCUGGGGAUGCUUGCGCGAACUUUAGUCGCGCACUUCGCGCCGUUCAGACCAACUGUUUAGGCAAUAAGCAAACGGUGCUAAGCUGGGUCCGGUGUCGGGUUCCGACGUGCGGCGCUACGGGGCAGCUGAGAUGCACAUUCAGAGCCAGAGAGAGAGUGACCAGCAUGCCCACUGGUCAGAGGGACCCCACCAUGCUCACUGGUCAGAGGGACCCCACCAUGCCCACUGGUCAGAGGGACCCCUGUCGCAGUGGGCCCAGUGUAGAAUAAGAGCAACAUACAAGUCAGGCUCAGAGAGCAGAGUCAGGCUCAGUGUCCCUGGAGCAGUUAGGAUUAAGAGUCUUCCAUUUGAGCUCACAACGUUCUGGACAUGGACACAGAUCCAUACCCUGCUGAACUGAAUGCGACCCCAGUAGAUGUACCUGCAGAACAGAGAAAAAAAGGUUCCUGAAGCCCCAGUGCUCGCUAGCGCCCCCCCAUCACAGAGGCCGCACUGGGGAGGCCGACGGCUCGCCCACCGUCUGCUCGUGCUUCACCGGCAUGUGCCCCCUUCACCAGCGUCGCAUAUCCACAGACUCCAGCCAGCUGUCCUCCUCGCCCCUGGGCUCGCCCACAGGCCACCGCGGCAUGGGCGCCCACCCGCUGCACCCCUCCAUCCUCAGCCCAUCCUCCAUGGGCUCGUCAGGCCAGCUGCCAUCGCCCAUCAACGGCCUGGGCUCUCCCUUCUCCGUCAUCAGCUCGCCCAUGGGCCACCAUACCAUGCCUGCACCCCCUGUCUCGGCCAUGGGCUUUGGGCCCAGCAUCAGCCCACAGCUGAACUCCCCCAUGAACCCAGUCAGCAGCUCCGAGGACAUCAAGCCCCAGCUGGGUCUGAACGGAGUCAUGAAGGUCCCGGCUCAGCCCUCAAGUACCGCGCUCUCACACACCAAGCACAUCUGUGCCAUCUGUGGGGAUCGCUCCUCGGGGAAACACUAUGGCGUAUACAGCUGUGAGGGAUGCAAGGGUUUCUUCAAGAGGACGGUGAGGAAAGACUUGACCUACACCUGCCGAGACAACAAGGACUGUAUGAUCGACAAGCGGCAACGGAACCGAUGCCAGUACUGCCGCUAUCAGAAGUGUCUGGCCAUGGGCAUGAAGAGGGAAGCUGUUCAGGAGGAGCGGCAGCGGGCGAAGGAACGCAGCGAAAAUGAGGUGGAGUCCACCAGCAGUGCCAACGAAGACAUGCCCGUGGAGAAGAUCCUAGAAGCGGAGCUGGCCGUGGAACCGAAGACGGAGAUGUACACUGAGGGGAGUCUGGGCAUGCCUUCAAACUCGCCCAAUGAUCCGGUCACAAACAUCUGCCAGGCGGCUGACAAGCAGCUCUUCACCCUUGUCGAGUGGGCUAAGCGGAUCCCGCACUUUUCGGAGCUCCCCUUGGACGACCAGGUCAUCCUCUUACGAGCAGGGUGGAAUGAACUCCUCAUUGCCUCGUUCUCACACCGCUCCAUAGCGGUGAAGGACGGCAUUCUGCUGGCCACAGGCCUUCAUGUGCAUCGCAACAGCGCCCACAGUGCCGGAGUGGGCGCCAUUUUUGACAGGGUGUUGACAGAGCUGGUGUCCAAGAUGAGAGACAUGCAAAUGGACAAGAGCGAGCUGGGGUGCCUGCGUGCGAUCGUGCUCUUCAAUCCAGACUCCAAAGGUCUGUCGAACCCUGGCGAGGUGGAGGCACUGAGGGAGAAAGUGUACGCUUCACUGGAGGCUUACUGUAAACAGAAGUACCCAGACCAGCCUGGGAGGUUUGCCAAACUCCUCCUGCGGUUGCCUGCCCUGCGCUCUAUCGGCCUCAAGUGUCUGGAGCACCUGUUCUUCUUCAAGCUAAUCGGAGACACACCCAUCGACACCUUCUUAAUGGAGAUGCUGGAAGCGCCACACCAAAUGACCUAAAGCGGAGGCCGGCCCAGUGCCCAGGCUUCCCUGCACGACAGCGGACGGUUUCCUGAUGCCCUAUGGAAACACCCAGGAUCUCCCUCAUUGUUUUUUUUUUCAUGUUUCAGAGGAGUUCAUUAUGUUUAUGGGUCUGUUUUUUUUUACAAUGUAUAAAAGAAUAGAUUUGCGAUUAUAUAGCUCAUGAAAAAUGAGAACAAGGGAUUCAAAUCUGCAAAUUGAAAUAUCUGAGACCCUUUUUUAUUAAGAAAAAAAUGUCACGGAGCAGAAACAGAUAUUGCAUAGAAUGGAAAUGUGUGCGCUGAUCCCAAGCUCAAAGUAGGAUAAGUAUUUGGACAAUCUCGUUAUUUACAGGGAGUUUUAGAGUGGCAGCCUGGUACGCCUCAUCUGAUGGCCGUACACGGUGAGUUUCUCUGCAGGCCAAUCAGACUUUACGAGAAGAGGAGGUCGGGUCUCCUUUCUGACUCCUGGGACCGGACCCUGAAAACGUAGGACACUGCUCCGACCAGCAGAGGGAGCCGCUGACCAGCCCAGCCUCAGGGAGGCGGACCGUCCUGACUGUGCAAGGUGUGAGGGGGGCUCCAAACCCACAUCACGGCGACUGUGACACGGCUGUCUUCUAAGGAGAUGGAUUAGCCCCCCGGGCUGGGAGCACGAGAUGAGCUCUGGCCUCGGUUUCCGGGGGAGACGAUGCCAUGCUAGCCGACCCACAGCGACCCGGGGACUCUUCUGCGCACGGUUCUGCAGGCUUGCGACAUUCAUGCACUUUCUCUGCCCUUUAACCAUGAGCCACUGCCCACAUUUGGUCUGGAGCAGAUUCAUCCCUCCCCCCCUACUUCUCUCUGCAAGAUCAAAACUCCACAGUACCUCAAUAGACUGUGACCGCUAACCUCCGGAUCCCUCCCUGCGGCCCCGCAUGGGAGCCUCGCUACACUGUAACUUGUUACAAGUCAUACGUCACAGCCAGACACAGUAUUGAAGGCGCAUGUUUCGUGACGCGACCGGCAUUUGGUGUGAUCUGUUAGUGUGAUCUCUGCUGGGUUAGCCAGUGACUGGAGGAGUGCUGGGUGGGACCUGUGCUCUUAGGAAGGAAAGCUUUAUGUUCUUGGCACUUAACUCUCCGUAUGAAAUAAGGACGGAGCCAGGAGUAGGUGGGUAAUGCAGGAGCGCAUGGACUGGUGAAGGAGCGGAAUGGGUGAGUCACCGCCCCCCUGCUCAGGGGAUCAAAGCACAGGGCCUUCACCUGACGAGACCGUUAGGGCUCUUUUGCGAAGAUGGUUUGUUUGUAGAGAUGUGCAGGUCAGUGGCUCUCAAGCCUUUCCUGAUGCAUCUCCAGCCUUUCUGUAUGUUUCUCCAAAUUCUACCACCAGACAAUCUAACGAUAACACGUCAGCUCAUCUUCAAGCCCGUGAUUAGGUGCAUAAACUGUUCCGGAGCCCAAAUGUAGCAAACAUAUGCAACGGCUGCCGGUGCUGAAGGAGAGGUUUGGGAGGCACUGGGGAAGGUGAUCGUGUGUCUCUGACCAUAUUAUUCACUUUCGUGCUGCUGUGGCGAAACUAUGCAUCUGUCAUUUCCAAAGAUCAUCCACGGGAUAGUUUUUAUCUGACGCAACCAAGCUUAAGGAGUGCUCAGCUGUGAAGCUGUGCAUCAAGGCAGUAUUCGAUGAAAACUCUGACUGGGCUCAGGGACAUUUCAGGAAACUGAGAGCUUUUACUGCCCUCUAGUGGAACAGAAUGAACAAUGCAAUUUAGCUCGUCAAGGAGAACAGCUGCAAAUCAGAUAAAUACUUAGAUGGUCUCACAGUCAGAAGCGUUGCAAGGCUUUCGCAAAUCAAACAGUUUUACCUCAGGUAUAUACAACAACAAAAAAAGUUUCUAAAGUUGUUUCAAAGAAUAACUUGUCCAAUUUUCUUUUAAAAAGGAACUUGUCAGUAUUUUUAUGUUUUUAAUGUAUUUUGAAAAUUAUUUCCAUUAAAAUGUUAAAUUUUAGAAUGAGAUUAUUGGCAGUUCUCACACUCACAGACUAGCACUGCAGAGCGUGUGAAUGAAUGCUUUCUCAGUUCACUAUUGUAACUAGAUCCUACCAGUGUUUACCUUCAUUGGCAGUAACUCACCAGCCAGAAACUCAGAGGGAGCUACAAGUAUAUUUUUGAAAUUUGUAAAUUGCAAGUAGUGGGAUCGUGUAAUCUCCCUCAAAUAAAUCUCUUGUCUAGGGUUCGUUCUGUAGAUGUGACUAGCCUUUCAUUAUAAAUUUAAAAGCACUAAUCAUUAACAGUUUGCAACCAUGCUGACUAAAUCCAGAUUCAACCAAUCAUACCACUCCUUGUCUUUUCUCUCAUGUGAAUAGAUGGACACCUAACAGGUGUUACAAAAAUCAGCAGAUGGUUUAGCCAGAGGUUAAAAAGCCAUAUUGGUGUACGGCAGAAAACUCCUAAAAGAGACGGUUAAAGAAAUGAAUUCAUAAAUAUGCUUUAUACAUGCACAAAGCUAUUUUGUCUAUAUGUAUAAGUGUGUAUAUUUAUAUAGAGAUCUAAGUGUUAAACAACUGAUAUAUGCUAGCAAUGGGGAUAGAAUCGCAGCAUUCAUCAAGAUGUGUUUUGCAGUCUUCAGACACCUUUCUGUUUGUUUGUUUUGUGGCCUUUAUCUCUGAUUACUUUAUGUUUGUUCUCUUCUACCCAGUGAAGCUAGCAACCUGUAAAUGCCACCUGCAGGAUGUAACCCCUGUAAAUGACCGCGGACCGGCUCCUGUAGCCCCUCCCCCACCCGUGCUGACCUUUCUGAUUGGUUGGCACAUGCUCUGCUGGGGGGAAGGCUGUGCAGUCCCCCGUCACACCCCCUGCUGAGCAAAUAACAUCCCUUAACACAGGGUCGCACUGUGGCUGCACAAACACAGGUACACUGUGACACCCCAGUGGGGAAGCAGUGCCAGUGUGCCCCCACUUCUGGACAACUGUGGGGCCAAAUUUCAUUUGUCAGCUGACUUGUUUCAUGCGUUUUAAAAAGAAGAUUCAUGCCGCAUACAAGCGACAGCAACCUGGCAGGGGUAUGUAGUAGGGGGACAUCAGUGUCUGAAAAUAGAACUAUCCUGUUUGCACAAAAACGACAGACAACCCGCUGGAUGCUUUUGCGCAUUUCAGACGAUGAUCACAGUGUGAUACCAGAAAACAUAACAUGGCAUCUGAAAGCUGACUUUUCAGCAAGCUGACACAAAACAAGUUAUGAUUCCCAAAUUAACACAAAAUUCAUGCCCCACAACUCUGUACUGAAUAAACUGUUAGAAGAUGGAUUGAUUUGAAGAUGUGCUUAGUCAAUAUCCUGCACGUGUCCAAGACAGAGGCAUUAUGAGAGUCUCGUAUGGUAUUUUUAUUUCCCCAGAAUGGACACGAGUUCAGCGCAAUAUACCGUUUUGUGCUCAGAAUGAACAGGACGAGAGUCUGUUAUCCAUCUGACUGUAAUAACUUGCACUUGUUUUAUGCUGACAUGGAACAGCCAUGCCUGCGGUGGAGGACAGGGUCAGGGGGUGCAAUUUGGGUGCAGCCAGCGAACGAGAGAAUGGAAAACAGCCGCGGUCAUAGUUAUCGGCCCUGUUUACACUAGAUUUUAAAAGCAUCGUGGGCGGUUGGAUCACAAGUGAACUACGCUAAUUAGUUGUUAAGUGUAAAGAACCACCAAGAUGCACUGGGAAACAAUCACUCAAACCACUUGCUGAUGUGGUUUGGAACACGUAUCUUUUGUAGCGUAAAUGCUAGUGUGUCCUGGAUGCGUCCCCAACAAGGACAAGGACAAUAACUGUGUGCGGGGCAGUAAUGAAAUCUGAACACAAGUGGUCUGCUCGUCACCUUGGAGAGACGUGAUAGUCCACUUGUGUUCACCCAAGACGCAUUUUAAGACAAGGUGUAAACAGCGCUAUGGUCAUGAGGCGACAUAAGCAGGACACAGGCUGCUCAGCGUGUUUAUCAGUAGCUGGGUCACUCAGGAACUUAAAGGUUUAGUGAGAAUCUUUCUAUCACGCGUCCAGUUGUAGCAGUAGCUACCAGCGUGAGAAACGUGCACCAAUCCUGGAGUGUGUUUGACUGGGAAGUGGCCAACAGGAGCCCCCGGAAGCUCGAGGAGCAGCGGUCUGACAGUCCCAGUAGCACAAGUUGCGCUGUUCUCUGUUAGAUGCCUGAGGUCAGAAAUUAGUGUUUGUUUCGAUUUCAUUUUCUUUUUGGUUAAUUUACUUAAUUAUGGAUCAGGUGAAGCCCCAACAGUCACUGCAUUUGUUGUAGCAGUUUAGCAGUAACAAAAAAGAAAAAAAAAAUAUACAUUAACGAAAAAGUCUAUUUUUGUACAAAUGUAAUUUUAUCCCUCGGUUAUAUAUUUCUGAUGGUUACCUUCAUUCUAUGGAAUGUUAUAUACAUUAAUUGUAUAAAUGUUAAUUUUAAACAGAAAAGAACCUUCAAAAUCCGCAGGGUGCUCGGGUACCCGUCAUCCAUCGUCCAUGUGCAUUCACAAGGUUUUUUGGUUUUUUUUUUUGGUCCAAUUGAAAAUUCAGUUGUCCUUUCUAUCGUUUACCUUUUUUUUUUUUUUUUUUAGAAAAAUGAAAAAAGUCAUGCUUUGUGGGUUGUUCUUUGAUGUACUGUUUAAAGAUUAUUAAAAUCAGAAGGCUUGUGAGA